GCAGCUUUUCAAUCGUGUCAAUCAGCUCCAAGCUAAAAAUUCAAAAUGUUCAAGAUCGCCGCCCUGGUUGUCUGCCUGGCCGUUGCCGUGCUGGCCGUCGAGGAUUACCACAGCCAUCCGAGCUACAAGUUCGAGUACGGAGUUAAGGACGGACACACCCACGACCACAAGAGCGCCUGGGAGCACCGUGACGGUGACCACGUCAAGGGACAGUACACCCUGGAUGAGGCCGAUGGUACGCACCGCAUCGUGGACUACAGCUCGGACCACAAGACCGGAUUCCAGCCCCAUGUCCAGCGAGUGGGUCAUGCCCAUCAUCCCCAUGGCGAGAGCUACGCCAACAUCAAGCAGCACUACUAGGACGACGAUCCGAUCUCGAAACCAAAGAACUAGAACAAUUUUGAAAAUAGAAAAAUGAAAA